GAAACAUCCAUAUUGGAAAGACUACUCCGCAUUCAAUAGCAAAUCUAUUCAGAGAACAGUUUCAAAUUGACUUCGAGUUGUUCCUUACACUGCGGUCAAAAGAAUUGAUAAGUGGUGGGCGAAUGUUUUUGAUGCUUCUGGGACGAAAGAGCGAAGAAAUGUUGACGCAUGGGGAAAUUGGCGCCAUGUGGGAAUUGCUUUCUGAAUCUCUCCAGUCACUUGUCCUCAAGGGUCGCGUGGAAAAAGGAAAACUUGACUCAUUCAACCUGCCACUCUACGCCCCAUCAGUGGAGGAGGUGAAGGCAGUGGUCAACCACACAGAGCUAUUCGACAUUGAGCAUGUGGGGAUGGUCGAAGUCAAUUGGGACCCUCAAGAUGAUGAUUCUGACGACGAGCACAUGGUGCUUGACCCUGCCAGCAGUGGGAGAAACCUCUCCAUGACCAUCAGAUCAGUGUUAGAGCCACUUAUUGCUGGCCACUUCGGCGAGGGCAUUACUGAUGAGCUGUUUGCAGUGUAUGCAUGCGUCGUUGCAAAACAUCUUGAGAAACGGAAUGCCAUGUUGCCCAGCAUCGUGGUCUCUCUGAAGAAGGCGACGCAUUAAAACCUGAACUAGCGACAUGUGCGCGAACGGUUUAUAAGCCAUUAUGUAUGAAUAAAUUAUAUGUCCUACAUGUGUUGUAACUAUUACGAUAAGGCCUCAGAUUCGAAUAUAUUUCAACUUCUCAAUAGAGGAUAUUAAGCACAAAGUACUUAGUAACUGUCCAUGUAAUAUGUUAUAUAUUCUAAAAUACAUGUGCAGGUCAUGUGUGAGGCUGCCACGUACAA